ACACUGGAGCCCCGAAAAUGGCGCAACAGUCAAAGAAGUCCGUCAGAAAAGCGUGUUCGGUCUGAACAGCCCUCAAGAAUCUUUCAGAGUCUUUUUGUUGUUUAUUUUUUGACAGUCACCAUAUUUUAAUUGUAGUAAGAAUAAUGUAGUAGCUAAAGUACUGUAUUGUGGCGGCUAUUUUGAUCAAAUUAUGUAGAAUAUAGUAGGCAUUUUUUUCUGUCACCACAUCAAACCUUGCCACACUGAAAAGGGGGAAAAUUGAAUGACUCUAAGAAAUCUUCAGAUUUCAAAUAGUCGAUUACUUACGAGUCACGACUGCGGUGCAGGUUUACUUUGUUUGUAUUCAAGAGCAUUACAAAAACUACUGUUGAAUAGAAAAAUCACCUGGAGGUCAUCCGCGUCAAAGCGCAGCGGCGAACACAGCAAAGAGAUGGUCAAAUGGAGCGCAGCUGCUCUGAGGGUGAAGCGCAACAGAUGGGCACAUAUACAGCUGCCUCGCUACUGACUUACAAACGCUCCUCUGGAUAUUUGAACACAAUGAACACAAACGACGCAAAGGAAUACCUUUCUAAACGACAGAUUCCCCACCUUUUUGAGAGCAUGUUAACAGGGAUGAUGUACCACAAGCCCGAGGACCCUUUGACAUUCUUGGAGAGUUGCCUACGGAAAACACGAGACCUGGGAGGCCCCGAGUGUGUGGCUUGGGACACUUUCAUUACACCUGAUCGAAAACCACUACCACCAAUCACCCCUGCACAGGGGAAGAAAGCCCCCUGCAAGCUUGAUGGUGGCCCUGGUGCUGGCCCUGGACCUUACCGUCGAUAUGACAGACUACCACCAAUUCAGGCCCAGUUCUCCAUAGAAAGUGACUCAGACAUGACAGAGUCCUCCGGGCUCAUACAGGAGUAUGAUGUCUUUGACCCAUCUAAACCACGGCCACACAUCAUAUUCAUCAUUGGGGGACCAGGCAGUGGAAAGGGCACUCAGACUGCAAAAAUUGCACAUCACUAUGAUUUCGAGCAUGUGUCGGUGGGGGAAAUUUUAAGGAACCAGUUGCUGCAUCAUGCCUCCAGUGACAGGAAAUGGGAGCUUAUUGCUCAGAUUAUUGCCAAUGGAGAACUGGCACCUCAGGAGACGACCAUUGAGGAGCUGAAACACCAGUUUAUUAAGAAGCAGGAUGCCAAAGGAUUCAUUGUGGAUGGAUUCCCCAGAGAGAUAUCGCAGGCAUUCACCUUUGAGGAGCAAAUUGGCUCUCCAGACAUGGUGAUCUUGCUUGCCUGCUCCAAUCAGCAACUCCGUCAGCGUCUUGAGAAAAGAGCCUCUCAACAGGGUCGUCCUGACGACAAUACUUACGCUAUUGAGAAGAGACUAGAUACUUUCAAACAUAACAUCACACUCAUAGCCAAGUACUACCAGGAGAGAGGACUUAUUGUAAGGGUGGAUGCAGAUCGAGAAGAGGAUGACAUUUUCACAGACAUUUGUGCCAUUUUGCAGGAGAGACUGUUUCCUGGUGACACAAAUGCAAGCAGUACUGGCGAUCUUUAGAGGGACUUCAUCUAAAAAUCUUCAUCUAAACAAACAACUGCUGCAAUUAAAUCCUAAAUGUGAUUUACAA